UUGGGACAGUGCAUUGAGAGACAGCUCUCGCUCUCAUUGUUAAGCAGAUUGGACAGAGAGAGAGGGCAGCUCGCUGUGUCUCGCCUAUCUGCCCCCUCCUUCCAUCCCUCACUCCCCACCCCUUCCUGCCCUCCCUCCUCUGGGGGGUGGGGGGCUUUUCCAGCUUUUUUUCCCCCCUCCCUCCUUCAGCGAAAAACACGUGAACGCGAUUGAGCAGCGAGAAAAUAAAGGCAGCACUUUCAGCUUGUCUCACUUUCACUGUGCACCCUCUCCAUUCACUCCCAGCACCUUUACUUUUUUUUUCCUAGUAUAUUUUUUUUAAAUAGAAGGAAGGACAACAAUCCACUUUCUUUCCUUAGCCUCCCUUUCCUUUUUAUUUCAAAGCUGCCACCCCCCCCCCCCCCCUUUUUUUCUUUGGUCUUGGCAUCAAGGAGCUGAAUUCUUCUGUUUCUGUAGGUAGUAUAGAAAUUACCAGCACCGUCCACCCCUGCCCCCUCCCCACCCCGCCCCCUCCUGCUCUCCCAGCACCAGCACCAGCACCGCCUGCCCGGAAUAGGGGGAACACAACGGAUUCAGUCUGCUCUCCAGUCAUGAGCACAAAAAGUGAUGAAGCCAACAACGGUGAAGAGGAGGUCCGUACACUUUUUGUCAGUGGCCUUCCUAUGGAUAUUAAACCACGUGAACUUUACCUUCUCUUUCGACCAUUCAAGGGAUAUGAAGGUUCACUGAUCAAGCUAACAUCAAAACAGCCAGUUGGCUUUGUUACAUUUGACAGCAGAGUGGGAGCAGAAGCAGCGAAGAAUGCAUUAAAUGGCAUUCGAUUUGAUCCCGAAAAUCCUCAAACUCUCCGGCUGGAAUUUGCAAAGGCAAACACGAAGAUGGCCAAAAGCAAACUGAUGGCUACACCUAACCCCACAAAUAUGCACCCUGCCUUGGGAGCACACUUCAUAGCACGGGAUCCCUAUGACCUCGCAGGAACAGCACUGAUCCCUGCAUCUCCAGAGGCCUGGGCUCCCUAUCCACUGUACACAACAGAGCUGACCCCUGCCAUUCCACAUACUGCGUUCACCUACCCUGCUGCUGCAGCUGCAGCUGCUGCACUUCACGCUCAGAUGCGCUGGUAUCCUCCGUCUGAAGCAUCUCCACAAGGAUGGAAAUCUCGUCAGUUUUGUUAAGUAUUUAACUGCCCUUCUCCAACAAUUCCGAUUUUCUCCAUGGAGUGAUGCGCAAGAACAGACUGGAUUUUUGUUUUCAGGUUGGAGUUUACUGAAGGGUAUUUUGGAUAAUUUGGCUCAUUUCCACUCAACUUGGAGGGGGUGGUGCGAUCACAAAGGACUGUGGAUUUAAGAACUUUACUGGUGAACACUUUUAUUCCCCCCACGUGGGAGGACCUAUAACCUGGCAGUCAGAUCCAUCUGAUGCAAGGACCAACAAGAAAAUGGCAUCCCUGCUGUGAAGCUGCAAGGUUAAAGGUUGACAUUGGAACUGUGAAGUACAUUGGCAAUGGCACACCACAUCUAACGUAUUUUCUUUUUUGUACAUCUUAUUUUGUGAAUGCACACAUCGGGUCUUUGUCUUUGACCUUUUUUGUUUUGCCCCCUUCCCCCUUUUAUUUCCCCUCUAUAGACCUGGGUUGCCUAUUUUAUGAGGAUGGUUCGACAAAGUAAAGUUAACAGUUCCCAGCUGGAGGUGCUGUUUUGAGGGGAAGCUAUCAUCACCCAGAGCCUUUUGCCAUUUGGAGGGAUUUUCCAGCUGACCGUUUCAGGAUGUCCACCAGUUUACUUUUGAAGUUGCCACAGCCUUUUUUUUGGUUUUGUUUAGUGCCCUUGGCUUGUUAACUUGUCUCUUCUGGAGAAAACCAGUCUUGCCAAAUAUCAGCUGUUCCUGUUAAAAGUAUUUUGAAUGAUAUUGAGUACAAGUAUUUUUGUACUGGUGUAAUGAAGAAUAUUUAUGCAUCAAGGAUUUUUGUGCAAUUAAAAUUGUAAUCUGUAUUAUAACUUAAUGUUAGUUCAGUUGUGUUUUGGAAAUGCUGAUUAUAAGCCCAUAUGGUAGUUUAAGAAAAGGUGCAAUUGUAUUUUUUUUUGCUUACUUUGCUUGGUGUUAAGUACUUAAAGUAUUAAGAGUGUGGUUGUUUUUUGCUUGUACAAGGACUGCAAGAUUUGAGAUGUAAGUUGCUGAUCCUUCUAGAAUGUGAAACUGGAUUAUAAAAGACAGAAUGUUCAAUAGCUUGCUUUUGCAGUUGUGUAUGAUUGUCCAAGGUUCUGUGAAGCUGCAGAUUUCUUGUACAAUUUUUAGAGCCUGAUUUAUUUUGCGAUCCUCAUGCUGUUCCUGUGGUGUGAUCAUCAACUACUUUAAAUACAGAAACUGGUGACGCUACUGUAACUUUUUGGUGUGGUAGAAUGGACCAUGUCCAUCGAUGCCUGUGGAUGAGUCAGUUGCAAACAUUGUGCAAUAUUUUAAACUUGUAUAAGAUCCUCUGAUAAUCCACUCAGCUGUGUAACAUUUCCUCUCUCCAGAGGAAGUGAAUGAAUGCAAUUGAUUCACUGGGUUCAUUGCUCAUUAUAAUUCCAAGUCUAAGAUGGUGCAGGAACUAUGCACUUGUAUCUUUUGGGUUUUGUAAAUGCCAUAAAUUUAUACUCCAAAGCAAGAA